AUGCCCACUCAUGCAGCCGCCGACAAGUCCAGGCAAACAUCGGCCGGGAAAUCAUUUUUUGGAAGGAAACUAUACAAGGACCGCUCGACCGAUGAUCGUUCUCAAGGAUACGACGGAUAUGGAGGCUCUUACGAUAGCCUAGCACCGCCUGGAAGUGCGGCGGGAUCUCGCUCGUCCCGCUAUUCGAAGCGCUCUUCGAUCCAAUCUGUCGACAUGAGCCACGAUAUCGACCCCGGAAGCCUCGGCCCGACCGCAGGUGUUAUAACGUCCAUACCAUUUGAGAGUCUGCCAUCAGAUACAAGAAACCCCAUCCCGAUCGAUAGCAUGUCGCGACCCGACUCCCGCCACGAGCCCUCCCCCAACCACAUUGGAAAAGCCGGGGGAGAUUUCCAUCAGUACCCAACUUUGACCUCCACCUCUGCGCCGAACGGUUACGCUCCUCAUCCAUCCGGUCCCCGACCACCCCCACAUGGAUCCAACACGACGAUGACUAGCAGCAACUCAGGGGACCGUGGCACUCGAUAUCAACAAUGGGGACGACCCGGAAGCUCAGCGGCGAACCCUGGCAUGGGACAUAAUUCAUCGAUUGACUCCUCCUCGAAUUCUCGCACAUCACUUGACCAGGCUAGUGUAUAUUCCGGCCAUUCAUCCAAUACGCGGGGCUCAAACUAUUUCCCCUCGGAGCCCUCUUCUCGCACCCUCACAAGCUCGCAUUCCAGUGAUCGCAAUACAAUCUUCCCAAGUAGCGCAAGUACAGGCAGAUUGUCAAACGCCCCUUCACAGCACCAACCCAUCCCCGCAGCCGUCCCCCGUCCUCCCGAUAAUUUCCUUACUCGUCCUAGAGAUGAUCGUAUCGUUGACCAGCUGUUUCUGGACCUGAUGCAGAAGCGUGGAUGGCAGAAUCUUCCCGAUCAAGCCAAGCGGCAAAUGCUAUCAUACCCUGCCUCCAAGAAAUGGACUUUGGUCCACCAGGAUCGCUUGACAGAACUGCAGGGAGAGCAGAAACGACGACAGAAUGCCCGUCAAACACACGGUCAUGAUGGUCUUUCAGGUCUUCUGGAGCGUGCCGAUGAAGAAGGCAGCCCGGAGUGGUAUGUGAAGAAGGUGAUGGAUGACACCAUUACGUCAAAGCAACUGGCUAGUUUGAGCGUCAGUUUGCGAACGCAGCCCAUCAGCUGGGUGAAAGCCUUCGUUGAAGCACAGGGUCAAGUUGCCCUGACCAACGUUCUUCAGAAGAUCAAUAGAAGGAAGGCCUCUGGGCCCGUUCCUGCUCCUCCAACUGGCGACAAAGAUCUCGACCGUGAAUAUGAUAUCGCCAAGUGUUUGAAAGGCCUCAUGAACAACAAAUAUGGAGCCGAUGAUGCACUCGAGCAUCAAGGUGUACUUGUCGCACUUGUCAACUCAUUAGCUUCCCCUCGCCUUAACACUCGGAAGCUUGUCAGUGAAGUUCUCACCUUCCUGUGUCACUGGGCCGAAGGCCAAGGCCACCAAAAGGUCCUACAAUCCAUGGACAAAGUCAAGCACGACCAUAACGAGACUGGCCGAUUCGAUGCUUGGAUGAGAAUUGUUGAAGUCACUAUCGAUGGCCGUGGAAAAAUGGGAAGUUUGGUCGGUGCCAGUGAAGAAUAUCGCAGUGGUGGUAUUGGCAUGGAAAACCUGCUUAUGGAAUAUGCUGUUUCCACCAUGAUCCUCAUCAAUAUGCUGGUAGAUGGAGCGGAGAACGACUUGCAACUACGAUGCCAUAUUCGUGCCCAGUUCAUCUCCUGUGGAGUCAAACGUCUUUUGACCAAGAUGGAGGGUUUCCAGUAUGAGGUUAUCGACAAGCAGAUCGAACGUUUCCGGGAGAAUGAGGCUAUUGACUACGAGGAUCUCCUCCAACGAGAAGGUAGCAGCAUGAAGGACAGCGUUGAGGGAGAAGUCAAGGAUAUGAGUGAUCCUCUUCAGAUUGCGGAUGCCAUCGCAACCAAGAUUAAUGGCACCAGGUCGCACGACUACUUCCUCUCGGCAAUGCAGCACAUGUUGCUAAUCCGCGAGAAUUCUGGCGAGGAGGGUCUCCGAAUGUUCCAGCUUGUGGAUGCUAUGAUGAGCUAUGUCGCCAUGGAUAGGAGGCUCCCUGAUCUCGACCUUCGACAAGGACUGAAUUUCACUGUGCAAAGUUUGUUGGAUAGACUUCAUACCGAUGCCGAGGCGAGACGUGUGUAUGACGAAUCGCUAGAAGCCCGUCAGAUUGCCGAGGCCGCUAUUGCCGAACGCGAUGAGAUGAAGGCUCAAGUCGAGCUUGGUGCCGACGGUUUGGUCAAGAAGCUUCAAAAGCAGAUUGAUGAACAGACCGGAAUUAUCGAGCUCCAGGCACGUCAAAACGAGACUUUGAAGGCCGAGGCCAGUGAACUACAGAGACUGCGUGCGCAGGAACUCCAGCGCAAUGAACUGGAGACCCGAGAGCUCUAUCUGAUGCUUCGAGACGCCCAGGAUAUUGCUGCAUCCAACGCCCGCAAAGCGGCCAACCCAGAUCAAGAGCCAUCGGCCGCCGAUCCAUCGCAGAUGCCUGGAAUUCUGGACCGGGAGCGUCUUAUGGAACGAUUGGAGCGCCAACUGGAGAGAACCAAAACGCAAUUCAAGCUUGAGGGCAGAGUCUGGGGCCAGCACGGCCCAUCUGACCGUCUACGUGAGCUGCGCGAAAAGAUGGAUGGAGAGGAUGAUUCUGGUGAAGAAUUUACUGAGCAGACUCGCCGCCAUCUGGACCCGGGCUCCCUCGGAUCCGUGUACCGGAAACGCAGCCAUGUGCCUGAUAUGGACGAGUCCCCUGAAGGCCAAGCUCUUUCUCCCGUGGAUGAGGAUGAAGAAGCCGUGUACGAAAAGCCUCGCUUGGUGGAAAUGCAACGACCUCGUCUGAACCCUGCUCAAGCUACUGGCCUGCUCGGCGAGCUUGCCUCUAAGGUGCCCAAGUACGAUGAAGGCCCAGAGGGAACUGGCACUGCAGGUGAAGACAAGGAUACUGCAAUGGAGGAUGGUGCAUCCAAGCCAGAGUCAAUAGCACAGCAAGGCUCAUUGGGAAUGCCACCUCCACCGCCACCACCACCACCGGGUGGCCUUGCUAUGCCUCCCCCGCCCCCUCCUGGAGGUGCCAAGCUCCCGGUUCCUCCUCCUCCACCACCAGGUGGCAGUGGUGCCAAGGGUAUCCCGGUCCCUCCACCUCCCCCUCCCCCGCCUGGCGGCAAAGCCGGUCUACCCCCUCCCCCGCCUCCUCCAGGUGGUAUUGGUGCUCCACCACCUCCACCACCGGCGCCUGGAGGCAACGGUGGAUUUGUUCCUCCGCCGCCGCCACCAAGUGCUCCACUGGGCGCUGGUUGGAAACCAUCCUUCAUUACUCCAAACUCCGUUGUGCCUAUGAAGAAGUUUGGCGAUCCUAAGAACAACCUCAAGAAGGUGCACUGGGACAAGGUUGAUACUCCUGAAGUAACAGUUUGGGCUGCGCACGCCGUUUCGGCCGAGGAGAAGGAACAGAAGUACACCGACCUGGCCAAGAAGGGUGUCCUAGAUGAGGUGGAACGGCUGUUCAGGGCUAAGGAGACUAAAAUAUUCGGAGCCAGCACAGCGGCCAAGGCGCGCAAAGACAAGAAGCAGGUCAUUUCCAAUGAUUUGUCUAAGAACUUCCAGAUUGCCUUGUCCAAGUUCUCUCAGUUCCCACCUGAUACCGUGGUUCAAAUGAUUAUCCACUGUGAUCGAGAAAUUUUGGACAACAUGGUCGUCAUGGACUUCUUGCAGAGAGAUGAAAUGUGCACCAUUCCGGAGAACGUCGCGAAGUUGAUGGCGCCGUAUAGUCGGGAUUGGACCGUUCCAGGCGCUGAAACCUCUGAUCGUGAACAGGAUCCCAGUGAACUCACCCGUGAGGAUCAGAUUUAUCUCUCCACCGCCUAUGAGCUUAAUCACUACUGGAAAGCGAGAAUGCGUGCACUGUCUCUGACGCGCUCAUAUGAGCAGGAAUACGAGUACACGUCCUCCAGGUUACAAGAGGUCGUUCGAGUCAGUGAAUCUCUGCGAGACUCCGUCUCGCUCAUGAAUGUUCUUGGUCUGAUUCUGGACAUUGGAAACUAUAUGAACGACGCCAACAAGCAGGCUCAGGGUUUCAAGCUGAGCUCGCUUGCUCGCUUGGGCAUGGUUAAGGAUGAUAAGAACGAGACCACUUUUGCCGACUUGGUCGAGCGUAUCGUGCGCAAUCAGUAUCCCGAGUGGGAAUCUUUCUCUGAUGAAAUCAACGGCGUCGUUGGCCUCCAAAAGGUUAACGUUGACCAACUUUGCACUGAUUCCAAGAAGUACAUCAGCAAUAUCAAGAACGUGCAGUCAAGCUUGGAUGCAGGCAACCUCAGUGAUCCGAAGAAAUUCCACCCUCAGGAUCGUGUCAGCCAGGUGGUUCAGCGAAGCAUGAAGGAUGCUCGGCGCAAGGCUGAGCAGCUGCAGCUUUACCUGGAUGAGAUGGUGAAGAGCUACGAUGACAUCAUGGUCUUCUAUGGUGAAGAUAAUACCGAUGAGAAUGCUCGGCGAGACUUCUUCGCGAAGUUGGCUUCCUUCUUGGUCGAAUGGAAGAAAUCUCGCGAGAAGAAUAUGGGCUUGGAGGAAGUUAGGAAGCGUACUGAAGCCUCGCUGGCCCGCAAACGAAUCAACGUCAAUCUCGCCAAUGCCAAUGGUCCUGCGGUGGAAGCGCAGAGUUCCCCUGCCAACAGCGGUGCAAUGGACUCGCUUCUCGAGAAGCUGCGCGCUGCUGCGCCCCAAGCCAAAGACCAACGAGACCGUCGCCGUCGUGCUCGCCUCAAGGAGCGUCACACUGUUCGCGUUGCCUCCGGACAACAUGUUCCCGAUGGCGAUGCGGAAGAGGGCAAAGACGGAAACGAAGAUGCGGCCGAUGGCGAUGCCAAGACCGAUGAGAAUGGUCUUCUGAGCCCGCCUCUACCCGAUGAUGGAGACCAAAGCACCCAGGAGGCUCAAACAUCCGAAGGCGAAGAUAUUGCCGACCGUGCAGCCAGCAUGCUUCUCGGCCUAAGGAGUAACUCUGACGCAGGUGGCGAGCGUCAGAGACGGCGAAGAGAGAGUGCUGAUGAAGAACGUCGAAAUCGCCGCAUGAGACGACGCAAUGGAGCGACGAGCGGAAGCAAAGACAGCGCCGAUGGAUCGGGUCUUCCAGCCGUGCAAGAACCCAUGUCGCCUUCACGGACCGACUCUAUUGGUGCGGAUGACCAGGCUCUGCCGAGUCCUCUCCAAGAAGAAGCACAGUUAUCAGCGCCCCCUUCCCAUCAUCGUCUCAGGACAACAUGA